AUGGGUUUCAACCAUUCGGUCGACCGACAACAAUAUUCAUCUUGGCCAAUCAUUGUCACUCCUUACAAUUUGCCUCCUUGGUUAUGUAUGAAGGAAGAGUAUAUGUUCCUAACGGUAAUAGUUCCUGGUCCGAGAAACCCAAAAGACAAAUUGGAUGUGUACUUACAGCCCCUUAUUGCAGAGUUGAAACAGUUGUGGGAAGUUGGAGUUGAGACAUAUGAUGCAUCAAAGAAGAAUAAUUUUAAUAUGAGGGUUGCGUUAUUAUGGACAAUAAGUGAUUUCCCUGCAUAUUCAAUGUUAUCCGGUUGGAGCACAGCAGGCAAGACUGCUUGUCCAUAUUGUAGGGACGAUUCAGAUGCAUUCACAUUGACAAAGGGUGGUAAACAAUCAUGGUUUGACAAUCACCAUAUGGGUGCAGAUGAGAAUAACAAUUACAAAGCAAAAAACACGGGUUGGAAGAGACGGAGCAUUUUUUGGGAUUUGCCAUAUUGGAGUACUAACAUGCUUCGCCACAACCUGGAUGUCAUGCAUAUAGAGAAAAAUGUAUUUGAAAAUAUUUUUAAUACUGUGAUGAAUGUUGAAGGGAAGACGAAGGACAAUGCAAAAUCAAGGGAAGAUUUGAAAGAGUUUUGUCACCGACCUGAGUUAGAGAGGGAUAUGGCAACAGGAAAGUAUCCUAAAGCAUGUUACACAUUAGACAAACAAUCAAAAGCAGUGUUGUGUGAAUGGCUUAAAAAUCUUAUAUUCCCUGAUUGUUAUGUGUCAAACAUGCAUUUAGGAAUUGCUUCCAAAAAUGUGUGGCAAGCAUUGACCGAAUUGAGCAAUUUCUUUAGAGAGUUAACUUCAACAACACUUAGAGAAGAAGCCAUGUUACAGCUCAAUGAAGAGAUUCCUAUUAUAUUAUGUAAACUAGAGCGUAUAUUCCCUCCAAGUUUCUUUGACUCCAUGGAACAUCUCCCAGUGCAUUUGGCUUAUGAAGCAUGGAUUCUGGUCCUGCAAUAUCGGUGGAUGUAUCCAUUUGAGAGGUACCUUAGGAAGUUAAAAAAUAAUGUGAAAAAUAAAGCCAAAGUGGAAGGUUCCAUAUGCAAUGCAUACUUAGUUGAAGAAGCAUCGUCAUUCUGCGCCAUUAUUUUGAACCCCAUGUCAACACAAGGCAUCGAAAGCAUUUUUGUUAAUGAGUUACACAUGGCCAAUCCAAAUAUCAAUGAUAAACAAGUUGAUGAGAAACUAGAGCGUGAAUUUGAUAAGUGGUUCAAUAAAUAUGGCAACGAUGAACAGUGGGGUAUGUAUCAAGGGACUAAUUACAAGACUAAUGAAAGUGACUACUAUGGACAAUUAAUUGAAGUGCUACGAUUGGAGUACCUGGAUUACCAAUCAAAAGAAUCUGUAUUGUUUAAAUGUGAUUGGUUUGAUCCAAUAAUAAAUGUAGGAACAAAGAUUCAUCCAAAAUAUAAACUUAUGGAUAUUAAUCACAAACGAUCCCUCAAUAGGUAUGAACCAUUUGUUCUUGCUAUCCAAGCUACUCAGGUGAAUUAUUCCAUAUAUCCAAGCUUAAAGUGUGACAAGGAUGAUUGGUGGGCCGUGUUCAAAAUCAAAGUGAGUUCUGUUAUUGAUCUUCCUGAGCAAGUGAAUGUCACAACCCCCCCUGCACGGGAAGAACCAUUUCAAGAAGAUGAAAUGGAAGUCCCUUUGAUUCAAAUUGACGAUGAUGAUGAUCAACAACAAUACUUGAAUGAUCAAAACGGUGUACUAGUUGAAAUUAAUGAAGAGGAUGUUGAAGAUGAAGAAGAGCUUGAAUUGGACUCAGAAAGUGAUGAGGAAUGCGAUGAUGUAUAUGAUAGUGAUACUAAUUAG